UUAGCUGGCUGGGCACCGAAAUGGUCAAUGGCCGACUGAGUGACAGACUCUGCCGGUGUCCACGAAGAAGCGUUGCGGGGGGGCUGAAGCCGACCUCCAGCCUCCAAAUCCUCCUCGGAACCUUACGUUGUAGAGUGAUAGGGACCGAGCUCCCAGGAAAGUAAGUGGACUUCGACGCAACGAUGAAGGCAAAUGCAUUCGCGCCUUUCAUUGGCUAAUCAUAUUCAACAUUCGAAGAUGCUGGAUUUUCAUUGGUCAAAAUGGCCGAAAGCUUCACGGGUUUAAAGUGUAGUUCGUACAUCUUAUAUAGCAAUGCAAAGGGGCACGCCCCGAAACUACAUUACCCUACUCUUCUAGAACCUAGCAGGCUGCCUGUCAGACUAAGAAGGUCACACGCGUGCUUUAGAACAUAGAUGAGGAAAUCUAUCCUGUAGGUAAAAACAUAACAAAGGUAGUCAUUUAACUGCUACCGUAUUAAUUCAAUGCUGAUGCGAAAUACACACAAUUGGUCGUUUGUUUAACUAGUGUAGCUUUUCAGUUGUGUUUAGCUAGGCGUACCGUAAACAUACCGUUUACAUACAACUGCAGCGAUGUUUAAAAGCUUUGCAAGACUCCCAAUUAGGUUUGGAAAUGCCUUUUCACCCUGUAAAAUACAAAGGAAUCGUCAGACCUUCAACUAUACGCUUAAAUAUUCAUCAUCAGCCACAACAGAAAGAAAACGAUUUUAUCAGGAUGUCAGCAUAACCCAAGGAGAAGGUAUGCGAGGUUUAUUUGAGAUCAACUUAGACCGAAGGAAGCUAAAAACUCCAGGAGGGAAGCUCUUUACAGUGCCAAAUGAAGCCCUCGCCAUCGCCGUGGCAACUGAAUGGGAUGCUCAAAGAGAGACGCUCAAGUUUUAUACGAUGCACCUGACUACACUUUGCAACACUGCUCUGGACAAUCCAACUGAGCGCAACAAAGACCAAAUGAUCAGUGCUGCUUUAAAGUUUCUGGAGACAGACACUGUUUGUUACAGAGUAGAUGAGCCUUAUGGUUUGGUUGAACUACAGAAGAACGAGUGGGACCCUGUGUUGCACUGGAUUGAAAACAGAUAUAACGUGAAUAUCGGCUCCUCAUCUAGUAUAUUGGGCCCUGAUAUCCCCGAGGCGACCAAAGACACGUUCCGCCAGCAUCUCCAAUCAUAUAACUUUUGGUCGCUGACAGGAUUUGAGUACGUGAUCACACAAUUAAAGUCUGUUGUGUUGUCAUUUGGGAUGAUUGACAGACUUUUAAGUGUAGAACAUGCUGUGCUGUUGUCGAGACUCGAGGAGGAAUACCAGAUUCAGCACUGGGGAAAUGUAGAGUGGGCUCAUGACUAUGACAUGUAUGAGCUGAGGGCACGCACUGCUGCCGGCGCUCUGUUUGUACACCUGUGUUCUGAGAGUUCAACCGUCAAACACAAGCUUUUGCAGGACUGAAGGAGAUUUCGGUUAAAUGUGCAAACUGGAAACCCUUCUUAUUGCUGGACUCCUAAAUAGCGUAUUUGUUUGCCCUGGUUUGUUUUGUCUUUGUUGUCAUUCACCCCCAUUUUUAAAACGCAUUGCCUUUUUUUCCUGUGUUAAUGAAGCUCCGGCCAUGUGGGAUACCGCUUAUUGUGUCUCCAGCUGGUUCCUAGUCAUUUGGGGCCUUCUGGACACUAAAUGAAGUGAAUGGAUACUAACAGUUGUGUUGUUUCAUUUCAUGACAGUGUAUUUUGCUACUUUUUUUUUUACAUCCCUUAUAUUUAUCUAUAAAGGAUCAAGACAAGUGGUAAAACAUUCAGUUGCAAUACUGAUGCAUGGACUGCCUUUUGUGAUUUACAUUAAUACUGUAAAAUGUACCAUUGUAUACCAUAUGAAUGCAUAGGUUCACACACUGCACAGCUGUUCAAUUGACAUUUAAAGGCCUACUGAAACCCGCUACUACCGACCACGCAGUCUGAUAGUUUAUAUAUCAAUGAUGAAAUCUUAACAUUGCAACACAUGCCAAUACGGCCGGUUUAGUUUACUAAAUUGCAAUUUUAAAUUUCCCGCGAAGUAUCCAGGUGAAAAGUCGUGGAAUGAUGACGCGUGCGCGUGAUGUCACCAGUGGUAGCGGACAUGUUUCUUCCAGCCCGAUCCAAGCUAUAAGUAGUCUGCUCUAAUCGCAUAAUUACACAGUAUUCUGGACAUCUGUUGCUGAAUCUUUUGCAAUUUGUUCAAUUAUUAAUGGAGAACUCAAAGAAGAAAGAUGGAGGUGGGAAGCGUUGUAUUGCAGCUGCCUUUAGCAACACAAACACAGCCGGUGUUUCCUUGGUUACAUUCCCGAAGGUGAAGCUCUACUAUGGAACAGCGGUCAAGCGAACAUGGUUCCCGACCACAUGUCAACCGGUAGUUUUGGUGAGGAAAUUGUGCUAAUAAAUCAUGAGCGGAGCUUGCGUCCUCCUGCAGCUGCGGGCUAUUACCUCCCACCGGAGACACUGGUGGUAACCACACCUGUGACCACACCCCUCCGACUUUCAGGUACCAUAUAAUCUCACUAAAACACUAGUAACACAAAAAACAGAUAAGGGAUUUUUCAGAAUUAAACUAGUAAAUGUGUCUAAUAACAUCUGAAUUUUUUUUAUUUUUUUUUCGUAGUCCUUCGCUCUCACUAUCCUCAUCCACAAAUCUGUCAUCCUUGCUCAAAUUAAUGGGGAAACUGUCGCUUUCUCGGUCUGAAUCGCUCUCGCGGCUGGUGGCUAUGAUUGUAAACAAUGUGAGGCUGUGAGGAGCUCCCCAACCCGUGGCAUCACGCGCACAUCGUCUGCUACUUCCGGUACAGGCAAGGCUUUUUUAUUAGCGACCAAAAGUUGCAAACUUUAUCGUCGAUGUUCUCUACUAAAUCAUUUUAGCAAAAAUAUGGCAAUAUCACGAAAUGAUCAAGUAUGACACAUAGAAUGGACCUGCUAUUCCCGUUUAAAUAAGAAAAUCUAAUUUCACCAGGCCUUUAACCACCAAAUUACAUGUAUUUUAUGUUUACACUGUGUAUAGCCUUAUUAAACAUCAGAACGAGAGUCA